CAUUACUAUCGGUUGUUUCAAAGGUUCUAGAUAAGCUUGCAUAUAACAGUAUUGUGGAUUUUGUUACGAACUCUAUGUCUGUCGUCCAGUUUGGAUUUUUACGAGGUCGUUCCACUUUGCAGCAGUUGCUGAUUUUCUUUAACACUAUUGUAAGCACAGCUUCUCAAACUGAUGUCUUUAGAAAAGCCUUUGAUUCUGUGGCACAUAAUGAACUUCUCUGCAAGCUCUGGAAGUUUGGAAUCACUGGUGACCUCUGGCUAUGGGUUGUCUCCUACACCUUUCCACUAUCAUUUGAAUGGUAAACAAAUCUCUUCUAAAACUGCACAAAAGGAUCUCGGCCUACUUGUGUCGGCUGAUCUCACCUGGCGAUCUCAUUAUCAGUUGAUCUCUUCUAGGGCCUACAAAAUGUUAGGUCUUCUACGGAGAGUUUUCUGUAGUUCUGUAUCGGUGUCAGCGAAACGCUCUUUGUACAUUACUCUUGUCCGUUCCCAGCUCCUUUACUGUUCUUCCGUAUGGCAUCCAUACCUCCUAAAGGAUAUCAAAUGUCUUGAAUAUGUCCAGAGGAGGGCAACCAAAAUCAUUACUAAUGACCAUUCCCUAGACUACAGGAACCGUUUAAUACAUCUUAAUCUGCUACCCCUGAUGAUGGAGUUCGAAUUUGCUGAUAUUAUGCUAUUGGUAAAGAGUAUAAAGUUUCCGUCCAACCAUUUUAAUAUCUGUGAUUUUGUUCAGUUCUGUAGUCAUUCAACUAGAGCUGCCCAUGGUUUAAAGCUGAAACACUCUCUCUGUAGGAAUGACUUUGAGAGGAACUUCUAUUUUAACCGAAUUCCUCGACUAUGGAAUGCCUUACCCUCAUUUGAUAUAACGCUUUCUCUUUCUGCAAUUUGAUCAAAGAUACGAGAAUAUUUCCGGGACCAUUUCAUGUCCACUUUCAAUUCCAACAUUGUGUGUACAUACCACUAUCUUUGUCCUUGCUCUAAGUGCUCAAGGCUACCAGUCAAAAUGCAUAUUUGUGAUUCUUUGUAAUGAUUUGGUUUGUGUUUUGUUUAUGUAUUUUUGUUUGGCUGCUGGCUUAAUGCCUCCAGUCUAUCAACACAGCUAUAACUUCACUUUUCACAGUUUCACUUCCUUUGUCACCACC